AUGAACUUUAGGGAAAGACUACAUAAGCUUGUGACUGAGCCUUGGUAUUUGGGGACUGUUUAUGCUCUUACCUUUGUGGUGGUUUUGGGGCUGUUGGUGUGGAGAAUGACCGUUGGAGGGAAGAAGGCACUGGUGAUGUAUCUUUGUGUGCAUGUUUAUAUGCUGAGUGCGAAUGUUAUACAUCCCUUGAUGGUAAUCAUAGUGUUUGAGGAAAAUAAUGUCACCACCUGAACGAAAAUUUGCUGUUGAUUGUUAUCAAUAUUCUUUAUCUUCACUCCAUUAGGAUGAAUCAUUUGCACUAUGUUCUCAGAAUUAUUUUACAAUGAUCCUUGGCCAGAAGAGGCAGAAGUUAUUACGAUUUGACUUUUCUCUAUUCCUUUCCUCGCCUUGUACAUUCCUCUGCCUAUUGUGUUUGAUGAGUCUAAGGAUGCAGGGUUCUGGAUUGGCUAUUCAUUGCUGAUUUACUUGUCAAUUUAUUGACACUUAAUCUACUUCUGGAGCAAGUUAAUAUUCGACAUAGAAUGGGAGACGUACUUGAACCCUGUGACAUGGAUAGUAGCCCUUGUAUUCUUCAUUUGGUAUUUGGUUGACUUGGCGGCGAAUAAAAUGUGCAAGAAGCCUGAAGAGCAAAGAGAACUAGAUCAUAUUCCUGCCAUUGAUGCAGAUUUUAGAGCCAGAGAGAGAUCAAGGGAAUACAAAGACUGAAUUAUGCAGUUUGAGCUUCAUGUUAAGCAACAAGAUCAAAUAAUUAGAAACCAACGAAGGAAAAUUGAGGAGCUAAAAAGACGACAGGAAAAUAACUCUGACUCUGACUCUGAAUUAGAUUCAGAAACAAGCUCUGAAAGCAGUGAGGAAUCAUCAGAGUUUUGUUAUGAAGAUAAUGAGCCUAAAUGUCCUAUCGACCUGGAAGAUUUCAAUGAUGGGAGGCCAGUCAAAGAAUGCAACAGAUGAAACAAUAAGAUGCAUGAAGAGUGAUACAGACAAUGGUUUAAUAUGAAGAAGAAGUGACCUCUUUGCGGACUCGUGCCUUAUUAAUAUUCUC